AUGGCAGUCGGCAUGAAUAAGUGCCUUACAAAAGGCAGCAAGAAGGGAGCCAAGAAAAAAGUGGUUGACCCAUUUUCUAAGAAAGAUUGGUAUGAUGUGAAAGCACCAGCUAUGUUCAAUAUAAGAAAUAUUGGGAAAACACUAGUUACAAGAACUCAAGGAACCAAAAUUGCAUCUGAUGGUCUCAAGGGUCGUGUUUUUGAAGUGAGCCUAGCUGAUCUGCAGAAUGAUGAAGUUGCAUUUAGAAAGAAGAUGAUGGAAAUCGUGACCCGCGAGGUGCAGACAAAUGACUUGAAAGAAGUGGUCAAUAAAUUGAUUCCCGAUAGCACUGGAAAAGACAUUGAAAAGGCUUGCCAAUCUAUUUAUCUUCUCCAUGAUGUAAAAAUGCUGAAGAAGCCCAAGCUUGAAUUGGGAAAACUCAUGGAGCUUCACGGUGAAGGUGGCAGCUCUGGAAAAGCUACUGGGGAUGAGACAUGCUAA